AUGGCUGAGGGCCAGAAACAUGUGGUUGUCUGGUUUGUGGCUGGGGUGUUUGUUUACAUGACGAUACCUAUCACUACUGCAGGAGUUGUGCAGCACCUGAAGAACUUCUCCCAACCUCCCCAACAACUGCGGUUAAUCAGGAUACUCAUGAUGGUCCCUGUUUACAGUUUCUUUAGUUACCUGGGCAUGAUACUACAUAAACAGACCAUCUAUUUAGAUGCUAUGCGAGAGUGUUAUGAGUCGUAUGUGAUUUACAACUUCAUGAUGUUCCUAGUAACGUACAUGUAUGAACACUAUAAUGUAGAACAGUUGCUAAAUUACAAGGCUGCACAACCACAGCUGUUCCCUUUCCAGAGGCUACCUCCAUGGCCUAAGGGCAAAUCGUUUGUGAUAUGGUCAAAAAGAGGAGUGUUUGUCUACGUUGUCUCCAAACCGAUCACUACUAUUAUUAUGUUGAUAGCUGAACUGGCCGGCCACUCUGGAAAGAAUGAAUUCAGUAUAGGUUAG